AUGGCGUCUCCUGAGCCUCCGUUGGCUGAGGAGCCGUGCGAGACUGAACCUUCGCACGACGAGCCGGCGAUCAGUGCUCCUGAUCAACGCUCGCCAGGCGAUUGCGGCAAUAUUUGGUCCUGUGACUGCUGUAUAUAUUUGUUAGAAUCGGGGGGAGGGGUCAAGCACGCGAAGAUUCAACAAGCUGCACAACAAGGGUGCAAUCGCUGCUGGAUUGUGGCACAAGCCAUCCAGGUUGUGGUCGAGGAACGGAAGCUUGCUGAAUUUGAAGAUUGGAGUGAGUCGACAAUGAUUUUGCGACGAAAAGGGACAUUCUCGUGUAGGGACGUUCGUUUCGGUGUCUGUCCGGUGGUUGAGAUUUUUGUGGAGCAGUCGACAACGAUCACGGAUAAGCUCCUGUGCGAGGGGGUUAAGCUGUUGGACGUCAAGCGCAAUAUCACGGUGAAAGGUGUUCCAGAGGAGUGUCUGCAAUUUGCCUCCGAUGCCUUGCAUAAGUGUGUGCGGAACCAUGAGCGGUGCCGUGGCAAUUCAAGGCUACGGUUCAUUCCCAGGCGUCUCGUCGACGUGGGCAAUGACGGUACAGUCAAGGUGAUUGACGACGCUCCCUCCAGUGUUCCGGUGGGAUCCAAGUAUGUUGCCUUGACCUAUUGCUGGGGUCCGCAAUCGGUCAUCAAAGACAAAAUGUUGACACUGACGGCACAGAAUCUGGAGCAAAUGGGCAAUGGAGUCUCUGUCGACGAGCUGCCUCGUGUGUUUCGGGAUGCCAUCCAAACCACUCGGUCUCUCCAGAUACGAUACUUGUGGAUCGAUGCGCUGUGCAUCGCUCAAGGAGAUGAAGAGGAGUGGAGGACCGAGUCACUCAGGAUGCGAGAGGUCUAUGCUGGAGCCCACGUCACCAUUUCAGCCGAUGCUGCAUCAACCUGCGACGAGUCGUUUCUGGAAAUGCCCAACAGAGGACAGAGAAAAGCCGUCGAUAUCGGGACACGUCGGUUUGGCUCGAGAAUACUUGCGAGGUUGGCCCACAAAUACUGGAAAGAACCGGAAUGCAAACUCCAUGCUCGAGGCUGGACGCUUCAAGAGGCUCUGCUCAGCCCAAGACUGAUCCAUUUUGGGUUCAGUCAGGUUGAUUUCAGUUGUAUAGAAGAAGAGCCAUUGAGGGAAGAUGGAGACAGUCCUAAGUAUAAUGGAAGCAACGCGUCAAUUCUGAAUGAUUUGCGGCAAGGAUGGUUCCGACCAAGCUCACGGCAGCACAAGCGCUCGAGGUAUCCUAAUCCCCGGCUUUUCAAGCUGUGGAGGGAUCUUGUAACGAACUACACCGGUCGAGACCUCUCGGAACCAGACGACGCGCUUCCGGCCAUCUCUGGCCUGGCUUCCCAACUCCAGCAACAACUCCAUCCUCCUUCCCGUUACUGCGCCGGUCUUUGGGAGGAGGAUUUUGUGGGAGGACUGUGCUGGUUCGGUGCCAGGGGGAAAACACCGCGGACUCCGCCUACCAAGUCUCCCUCUUGGUCAUGGGUUUCUUAUCCUGGUCAGGUGAAGUUUCCACCCAUCGACGCAUCGCGCUUCGCCCAGUUAGUGGCUCUCAGCCCAUCACCCAAAGACGGGGACUUUGGUCACACUGACUCGAUGGAGGCUACGAUAGAAGGCCCAUUGCUCGACGUUGUCCUUGAACGGCACGAUGGGCGCCUACGCAUUGUGCCGGUACCUGCUGGUCUUACUCCAUUUGGGGGCAUCUAUUUUUUCUGGUACAUGGACAACCAGGAACUCGAAUCACUACUUCUGCGACCCAUUUGGAAACGUUCCCGAGGUAUUUCGAAGCAGCGUCGUGUUAUGGCACACCUCCUGACCUUGGGCACGAGCGAUUCCUCUUUCUUCCACCUUGUUCUGGUCAGGUCUACCACAACGUCGAACACACACCGGAGAGUUGGACUCUGUGAUUCCGCGCCCCGUGGUGAGAGGUCUGCAUUUGAUUCUUGGUUGUCGAGUUUUGAGCAGAAACGCAUUACGAUAGUUUGA